CGCUCGGGCUGCUGCUGUUGCCGCCGCUUCCUUCGACACAGUCUGCUGCUGGCAGCGAGAACCCGGGCGCUGGAUGAGCGAGAGACCGGGGGCGGGCGGGUAGCGGCUGCUGCGCCUUGAGGGUUUCUGCUCCCGCCGAGGGCAGGAGGAGCGGCGGCGCUGGGCGGCUCUUGCUGCUGCUGCUGCUGCUGCUGGAGAGGAUCCCGUCCGCUUCCGCCACGCGCUCCCCUCCAGAUCUGGCGUCUGCUGGCGGGCUGACCCACUGCCCCUUUCUCAACCCCGCCCGGACCCGCAUGGCGUGCUACCUGGUCAUCAGCUCCAGGCAUCUCAGCAACGGGCACUACCGUGGCAUUAAAGGGAUCUUCAGGGGACCGCUCUGCAAAAACGGCUCGGCCUCUCCGGAUUUUGCUGAAAAGGAGAAGGCAGCAGCAAGGGCUCUAGAGGAUGUGAAGGCUAACUUCUACUGUGAAUUAUGUGACAAGCAGUAUCAUAAACACCACGAAUUUGACAACCACAUCAAUUCCUAUGAUCAUGCUCACAAGCAGAGGCUGAAAGAGCUAAAACAAAGGGAAUUUGCACGGAACGUGGCUUCAAAAUCCUGGAAAGAUGAGAAGAAACAGGAAAAAGCACUCAAGCGACUCCAUCAGCUGGCUGAGCUGCGGAAGCAGUCAGAAUGCGUUGCUGAAUGCAGACCUGCAUUUAAAUCUCCCCAAGUGGUUGUAGAAAAAGAGCCGACGCCACAAGAUAAACUUCUGAUAGCUCAAGAAGGCAAAGUCAAGAAUACAGCUGAAGGAAAAAGCAUCACCAGCAGCACUUCAGAGAAACAGCAGGAACUUUUGCUAAGCAAGAACCAGUCUUGCAUAGAGACACACCGUUUCCUUAGAAGCCACAUCUCUCCCGCGUUCUCCUGUGGCACCAAUGGCUGCAAUCGGGCCGGGGUGUCUUUUUCAUUCUCUAAAAAAGUCCACCUGAAGCUCGAGUCAUCAGCAUCCGUUUUCAGUGAGAACAUGGAAGAAGCAUAUGACUGCAUCAGAUCCCCUCGACAUAAAGCAAAGCAGACUCCCGAAGAGUGCCGUGCGUGUAUACAUAUGAGGGACGAGAGGAAAGCAAAUGGGCAUAAACGGUUAGGCACCCUCCAAGGUCACCCAGAUAGCUUCGCCUCCUGUAAUCUGGCUCGGAAAAAUCAACUGCAGAAAGAAAACAAUCAGUACAAGGAAAGAGAGCAAACAGAAACUCAUAUUUCAUUUCGUAAAGACAAACUACAUCUUCCAGAUUUGGAUUGUUCUGGGUCUCCUGGUGCAAAAGAACAAGGAGGAGAGUUGAACGAGACCCAGAAAUCCUUGGAAAACGUUGUUACACCUCAAUGCCAAACAAGUAACAUUUGUAUGCAACAAGACACUUACAAGCACAGUGAUGGCCUGUUACCAGAAUGUGUCUCUGAGUCCUUAGCCCAACGAUCAUCUGAGCAAGGACAUCAGUGUGAGGGAAACUACAGUCCCUGUCUAUUCAAACAAUCUUCUGAUUAUACAGAAGCUGUCAAUGCAGAUGCUGAAAUGCCUAGGGAAAAUGAACUGGUUCAUGAAAUUAAGCCUAAAGCAUUGCCUUUUCUUCAUGUACUGAGCAAAGAUGGCAGGACAGCCUUACGGUGGCCCACAGAACUUCUUUUGUUUACAAAAACAGAACCCUCCAUUUCCUAUGGUUGUAAUCCAUUGUAUUUUGAUUUUCGACUCUCCUUAGCUCAUAGAGAAAGUGAGCACCAUGAAGUCGACGAAGAAAGUCCUAAUGAGCACUCAACAAGAACUAUGGACAUAGAUGGAAAUGACGCCUUAGGUCUAACCGAGAACAAGCAACUGUCCAAUGAAAAAGAUAACCAGUCUUUGAAGCCAAAGAAGAAGAAAAGAGCUCUAAGCCUCAAAAAGUCCUGGCCAAAAUUGGAUUCAGACACAGAGAAUGAAAUGAGUCAAAGUGCUCCAAAGUACAUCUCAGAUGAUUUGAAUGAAAACCUACCUGAAGUGCCUGCACCCCUUGAUUGCUCAAAAAGGCGUUACACGAGAGCAACAAGUCCCCACACAACAAUGCAUGCGAGAUCUUUAGCACAGCAGUUGCAGAACUGUGAAAAAACUCUACAGGAGGAAGUAACUGAAAACCUUUGCAUUUAUCCCUUGGUGUCUACGACAAAGAAGCAAAAAUGUGCAAAAUGUGAUUUAAUGUAUGCCCAAAGACAAACUGACCUGGAUUUGGUCACCUGCAGCAGUGACAUAAGUGACAGCGGGAAAGAUUCCAUUCUUGGAUACAAGUUAGAUUCUCCCAGGGAGUCCAUGGGAAAUGAAGGCAAUGGGAAUUUUGCUGGUUGCUGGAAAUUCACUCCUUUGCAAAAGCCCUUUUCUGACAGACAGUCUAAUUAUUCUGACACUUCUGUUAGCAGUGCAACUAGUUACGCUAGUUGCUACUCUAGUCACAGAUCAAGUGAUCACAGCAGAAGUCAUUUGCCUUUUUGCUGCAAAAGGAAACAAAAGCCGGUUGAAAGGCAGAAAUGUAAACACAAAAAGCACAAUUGCAUUUCAUCUUCUGAUGAUGCAGGUGAGGGCUGCCUUUUCAACAAAACAAGUCAAAGAUCUAGAAACUGUGCACACAAGCAUAUGGCAAAAUAUCAAAGACAUUCGAGAUAUAGACAUUUACUACAAAGAGAUGUAUCAAAGCAAAGCAAGAACAGACACCCUCUUUGUAAACACAGCAGGAGCAGGAGCUACAGCAGCUCCAAAGGUUCUUCCACCCAAGAUUCAGGAAGCAGCGAAAGAUCAUCAAGCUGCACCAGAUCAAGAGCCAGCAGUUCGGGAUCCCUUGCAAAAGAAUCAGUGCAUGACUGGAACAAACACAAAAAGGAUAUGAAAAGCACUGACAGAGCUGAACCAGGAAAAUCAGACUCUGCACACUCAGACUGCCAGAAUGAAAGUUGUCCAUCAAAACAAGUUGGAAGCUGUUCUAUCAACCACUUAGGAAGGAAAGCAGUGGGGAAGAAGUCAUUAACUGCCAAACUCCUUUUAGAGAGGGUGAAAUCAAAGCGAAACCAGGAGCAAACUCAGAACACUGAAAGCUUUCCAAAUACCUGUGAGAAAGAUCUCCCCCAUAGUCAACCAGGUAUUAAAGGUGCAUCAUCAGUGGAUAGUGAAGCAAUGUUACCUUUGCUUGAGAAAGCCCUCCACAUUGAUACGAGCAGCAGGUGGAACAAUGGAGCUGACUCCAUGGAAAGCAGCACAGGCAAAGAUAGAGCCGAAGUUUCAACGAUAGAUAAUAUUAUUCUGACAGCUAGCACGAACUAUGGCAAUAGCCUGCUUAACGACUUGGGUUAUCAGGCCCUGAAUAUGGCACAGGACACCGCAACAAAGCAUCAACCAGAUCUCUUAGCUGGUGAAAUGCAGCCCCUACUGCAAAGCUGUAACUCAGUGCCAAAUGGUUUCCCUGGUACUUUUCCUUCUCAUGGAUAUUCUGCUGUUUCCAACCUAACAGAGACCAAAGAAGAACACCAUGCAGGUGUGGACUUGAGUGGAGUGGAAGGGGAUCUGAACUGUUACUCUGACAGUGCUAUGCAUAAAUCCGGUGAAACAGAAAACAAGACUGAGCCGUACAGUAAGUGCAUCCCCUCUCCUUUAACGCAGCAGCCUAUAACCUUUUCCCCGGAUGAGAUAGACAAAUAUAGGUUUCUUCAGCUGCAGGCCCAGCAGCAUAUGCAGAAACAGCUUGUGGCAAAGCAUCUCAAGGUUGUGCCUGCCACAGGACCAGCUGCCUUCUCUGCCUCCCCAGCUGUCCCUGUUCAGCAACACUCUUCUGUUGCCACCCUCCGCCAUACGCUGCUGCAGAGCUUUGCUCUGUCCACCGGAGUACAUCCUCACAGCAGCCAUCUUUCCCUGACUCAUAUACAUCCAUUCUCACCAUCGCCUUUUGCUCCAUUCUCACUCUCGCCCUUUACUCCGGCCUUUGUACCCGCGCACUCAGCGCUCCUGGCGGGACACCCGUUCCAUUUCAUAUCAGCGACUCCCAUCCACCCAUCCCAUCUGGCAAUCCCACCGCUGCCCCACGCAGCCUUUAUUCCUACCCUGUUCACGCCGCAGCUGAACGCAGCUGCAUCUUCUGCUGUACAUCUCAACCCUUUGAUCCAUCCAUUAUUCCAGACUCAAGAACUUCAGCAUCGCUCCUGACCUUGUUGGAGGUGUUGGUUAUCUGGAACAGAAAUGAAGAAGGCAUCAU